AUGGAUCCUUGGUUGUUUGAAGCAUCCCACACGGGGGAUGUCGAUCAAUUGUGCUCCUUGGUCAGAGAAAACGACCUCAUCCUCGACGUAGCAUCCCUCGUUAACGGAUACGACCAUGUGAAUUUCGUCACAGAAAUCCUCAAACUAAAGAUGGAGUUGGCCGACGAGCUGAACCAGGACGGUUUCAGCCCUCUGCACAUUGCCGCAGCGAGGGGCGAUGUGGAUAUUGUUCGGCAGCUUUUGAAAAUGAAAGUGGGCCAUCGCCUGUGCCUUGUGAGGGGGAGAGAGGAAAGGAUUCCUCUGCACUAUUCAGUUAUCAAGGGGAGGAGCGAAGUCCUGAAGGAACUGUUCUCGGCUUGUCCAGAUUCCAUCAAGGAAGUGACGGCUCGGAGGGAGAGCGCACUCCACCUUGCCGUGAAGAACAGCCGGUUUGAGGCAUUCAAGUUGCUGAUGCAGCAACUGAAGCGUUCGAACAAAGAGCAUAUCUUGAAUUGA